AUGAACUAUAAUACAAGUGAAAAUAACUGCAAGCAAGAACAAAAUGAUAAAGACAUCUCUGAAAAAGUUAAAAAUGAUAAAAAUACUGCCAAAGAUGAUGAAAAUGAUGAAAACACUAUUGAAGAUGAUGAAAAUGAUGAAGAUAUUAUUGAAAAAGAUGAAAAUAAUGAAGAUAUCGCUGAAGAUAAUGAAAAUGAUGAAGAUAUCUCUGAAGAAAAUGUAAAUGAUGAGAAUGAAUAG